CUUUGUCUUUGGGGACUACCCGAGAAGCCUUGGAGUCUGAUCGGCCUUUUCUUGUUGAUUGCGGAAGAGCCCGGGGGCCUUUCGGGUUUCUUGGUGUAGCGUGGCAAUCGGAAGUCAGGCCCCCGGCCUCUGAGCCUGCAUUUCCCCCUCCCUUUUGCCAUCCAUCAUUCUUCCCUGCCGCUUCAAGUUCUACAGAAAUAAGGAAGGGAGUCCGAGGAUCAGAAGGCCUGUACAUGGUGAACGGACCACCACAUUUUACAGAAAGCACAGUGUUUCCAAGGGAAUCUGGGAAAAAUUGCAAAGUCUAUACCUUUAGUAAGGAUGGGACCUUGUUUGCCUGGGGCAACGGAGAAAAAAUAAAUAUUUUCAAUGUCACUAACAAGGGACUGCUGCACUCCUUCGACCUCCCAAAGGCAGUUUGCCUUGAGUUCUCGCCAAAAAACACUGUCCUGGCAACGUGGCAGCCUUACACUACUUCUAAAGAUGGCACAGCUGGGACUCCCAACCUACAACUUUAUGAUGUGAAAACUGGGACAUGUUUAAAGUCUUUCAUCCAGAAAAAAGGGCAAAAUUGGUGUCCAUCCUGGUCAGACGAUGAAAUUAUUUGUGCCCGAAAUGUUAGCAAUGAAGUUCACUUCUUUGAAAACAACAAUUUCAAUACAAUUACAAAUAAAUUGCAUUUGCAAAAAAUUAAUGAUUUUGUGUUAUCACCUGGACCCCAACCAUACAAGGUGGCCGUCUAUGUUCCAGGAAGUAAGGGUGCACCUUCAUUUGUUAGAUUAUAUCAGUACCCCAACUUUGAUGGACCUCAUGCAGCUUUAGCCAAUAAAAGUUUCUUUAAGGCAGAUAAAGUUACAAUGCUAUGGAACAAAAAAGCUACUGCUGUGUUGGUAAUAGCCAGUACAGAAGUUGACAAGACAGGAGCUUCCUACUAUGGGGAACAAACGCUGCACUACAUUGCAACCAAUGGGGAGAGUGCUGUAGUGCAAUUACCAAAAAACGGCCCCAUUUAUGAUGUAGUUUGGAAUUCUAGUUCUACUGAGUUCUGUGCUGUUUAUGGUUUUAUGCCUGCCAAAGCAACAAUUUUCAACUUGAAAUGUGACCCUGUGUUUGACUUUGGAACUGGUCCUCGUAAUGCAGCCUACUAUAGCCCUCAUGGACAUAUAUUAGUUCUAGCUGGAUUUGGAAAUCUGAGGGGACAAAUGGAAGUGUGGGACGUUAAAAACUACAAACUUAUUUCUAAACCAGUGGCCUCUGAUUCUACAUUUUUUGCUUGGUGCCCAGAUGGUGAGCAUAUUUUAACAGCCACAUGUGCUCCCAGACUACGUGUUAAUAAUGGGUACAAGAUUUGGCAUUAUACCGGCUCUGUCUUACACAAGUAUGAUGUGCCAUCAAAUGCAGAAUUAUGGCAGAUUUCUUGGCAGCCAUUUUUAGAUGGAAUAUUUCCAAAAAAAGCAAUAACUUACCAAGCAGUUCCAAGUGACUUACCCAGUGAAGAACCUAAAACUGCAACAGCUUAUAGACCCCCAGCUUUGAGAAAUAAACCAAUCACCAAUUCCAAACUGCACGAGGAGGAACCACCUCAGAAUAUGAAACCACAACCAGGAAAUGAUAAGCCGUUAUCAAAAACAGCCCUUAAAAAUCAAAGGAAGCAUGAGGCUAAGAAAGCUGCAAAGCAGGAAGCAAGAAGUGACAAGAGCUCACCAGAUUCAGCACCUACCCCUGCCCCAGAGAGCUCAGCACAAAAGACUGUGCCUCAGUCAACUUCCGGAGACCCUGAGAGAGACAAAAAAAUCAAGAACCUAAAGAAGAAACUGAAAGCAAUCGAACAGCUGAAAGAACAAGCAGCAACUGGAAAACAGCUGGAAAAAAAUCAGUUGGAGAAAAUUCAGAAAGAGAAAGCCCUUCUCCAGGAGCUGGAAAAUUUGGAAUUGGGUAUUUAAAGAUUCACAGAAAGCAAGUUGGUUACCAGAAAUCACUGUAAACAUCUUCUGUUAAGUUCAUUGGCGUGUACGGAAUAUCCAUGUGCCCACAUUUUAUGUUCACCUAUAAUUUUAACCAUUUAUCUAAGAUUCUGCGUAUGUAUGAAAUUAUUUAAUGAUGCCUAUUAUAUUGAUUUUUGCAUCCUGCAUCCUCUACCAUUUCAACAUAUGAUAUAAAAAAGAGACACAUGGAUUUUUCUAGCUAAGCUUGAUCUAUUGAAAGACAGAUGUCAUUAUUUUUUAGUAAGGGAUGGUAUUUACCAUAUAAAUGAAUAAAGACUUUUUAAAUUUAA